AUGAAAUCAAGGACUUCCUCCUUAAAGCCAGAAGAAAGGACGCCAACUGUCAAAAUAAAGAAGAAUGCUGAGAAUGUCAAAUUCAAGGUGCGGUGUUCAAGAUUUCUGUACACGUUAGUCAUCACCGACAAAGAAAAGGCGGAGAAGUUAAAGCAAUCUCUUCCUCCAGGUAUAGCAGCAAUAAGAGGUCUAGGAGUUCGCGGUUCCUCGCUGACGACAACCGAGUCAUCAUCUUUAUCUAAAUUAAAUCUUUUAUUUUUUGGUCAUCUUGCACCUGUUGCUUCUGAGACUGAAGCAAUUGCUCCUGCAUACCCUUCAAUCAGUUUUUUUAUGAAUAAAAAUCACUACCUCAUUUUUGUAAGCCUCAAGCUGACAUCUAAGACUUUCAGAUUCUUCUUUGAGGAUCGCUUGAACUCUUUCAUCUCCUUCAGCUUCGCUUCCCUGUAUCCUUACUUUUUUUCUUUGGGGCUCAUCCUCCGAGUCAGACACUUCCAUUUCCCCUUCGCCGACUCCUGUCACAACGGCUUCUUCCAGCUGAACGGCUUUGAUCUCCUGUUUAUAUAA